UGUUGUUAUAAUUUUCGCUGUUGCACGAAAACAUUUAAAAAAUAUCAUUCUAAAUUUUACUAUUUGAUAAAUUAAAACAUGUGCGAAAAGGUCACCGCCAGCUGUAAUUGGCCCCAAAUGGCGGGAAACGGCUUGGAUCAACUGGUGGCCACCCGGUUGUCGGACGAAGAUGUCUUUAUAAAGCCCGAUUUGGACGAUGUCAUAAACGAGGAACGCGCCGUGCUGUUCUCCAUGCAAUCCGCAGAUCAGCCGCCACCUUGCGAGCUGAGGUUCCAAAUCCAGGCUCGCUACAAAAUCGCAGCUCUUACUCUUAUUUGCAGUGCUCCCAAGGUGGAGCUGUUCAUUGGACCCUUGCAGGAGUACUGCGAAACCAUAUACGGAACCUGCGUCGACGAAGAGGAUCCCGAGGUUCCGGUGCGACCCUAUCGCUAUGACAUGGAGAUCGACCGGUCCGGCAUCAACGACAUAAAUCUGAAGAUGCUCACCUCGGCCAGCGAGAUCUGUGUGUAUGGAGCCCUGCUUCAGGUGGCACCGAAUCCCAAUGGCAUAACCACCCAGUUGCCCAGACCAGUGGAUCCGCAAAUAAUUCAGGAACUUUUGCAAAGGGGCGGCUCGAGUCCAGCGAAAAAGGAGGAGCAGGCCGAGAAAUUCCAACAGUUCAUGUCCCUGAUGAAGGGCUGUUCCCCGAAAGUGGAGGUGAAAGCCCAGGAGGCUGUUCCCACCACCGAUGUGGAAAUCCUUAAGGGGCACAUAGACAUGAGAUUCGAAAAGCUGACGCAGUUGGUGGCCAAAAGACUGGACAAUUUCGAGGCCCAGCAAACGGAAAAGCUAAAUAAAAUUAUUGCCUUGCUGGAAAAGGAAAAAUAAUUCAAAACAGCUCAUAUGUAAUUUUUUGUAUCAUUCAUCAUUGUAUUUUGUAAUUGUAUUGUAAGACUGUCGGUGCGAAUAUUUCGAAUGU